GAGAGAGAGAGAGAGAGAGAGCACGUGACCUGCCGCUUGGGCUCCGAGCAUCACCGACGGAGAGGCCACUGGAAACUUUAUUCGCCGACUUUUGCUGCGUGCGUCGAGCCGAAGAUCGAGAAACCAGACGCGAGCCUGUAUACUUUUUAGAAGCAAUGUCACCUUUCAACGGAGCUGUGCCAUAAAUGACAAGGCCUGUGCACAUUUACCUAAUGUUGUGGCUGGUGAGAGUGUACAUCAUCCACCCUGAUAAAACUACAUCCCAUGUUUGAGACACAAAGUCUUCUGACCCAGCGACUCCUCAGUGACCCGUUUGAGAUAUGGGACCAAUACCCUUCCGCAUUUCGACAGUCCCCGUUCACCUUCUCCUGGUUCUUCUCCUUUCCAAUCCUUCCACCUCCUUCAGGCCGCCGGUUGUUGAACGAUCACCAGGCCCUCAUCAGCCCCAGCCCUCGAACGUCACAGGAGCGGACAAGAGGACUUGUUCCGGCAAUGUAGUGUGUAAACCUGGCAUACUGUUGCCAGUGUGGUUGCCACUCAACCCUCCUCAAGGGGAGAGGGCAGGGAGAGCCGUCAUCUACUUCCUCUGCCUCAUGUACAUUUUCCUGGGAGUGUCCAUCAUUGCGGACCGCUUUAUGGCAUCGAUCGAAGUCAUUACCUCGCAGGUGAAGGAGAUAACCAUCACCAAACCCGAUGGAGAGACAACAGUAACCACAGUACGAAUCUGGAAUGAGACUGUCUCCAACCUUACACUCAUGGCUCUGGGCUCUUCUGCUCCCGAAAUCUUGCUUUCUGUCAUUGAGGUGUGCGGGCAUAACUUUGAUGCGGGGGAGCUUGGCCCAGGCACCAUUGUUGGAAGCGCUGCCUUCAAUAUGUUUGUGAUUAUCGGCAUAUGUGUGUGGGUGAUCCCUGACGGAGAGUCUCGCAAGAUCAAACACCUGCGAGUGUUUUUUAUUACCUCUUUCUGGAGUAUCUUCGCCUACAUUUGGCUCUAUCUCAUACUAGCCGUCAUAUCUCCUGGGAUCGUAGAGGUGUGGGAAGCCACGGUGACCCUGCUUUACUUUCCGGUGUGUGUGUUAUUGGCUUGGAUCGCUGACCGGCGCUUGCUCUUCUACAAAUACCUUUCCAAACGUUACCGUGCUGACAAAAGGCAUGGUAUUGUGGUGGAAAUGGAAGGUGACAUUACACCCAAAGACCAUGAUAUUAUCAUGGACGGAAAGGACUCAGAUGGCAUUUCCUGCCCUAGAAACUCCUCAAGUGUGACAGUGUCUGUACAAACAUCGAGUGAGAUGGACCAGAACCAAGAUGAGGUGGUCCGUAAGCUAAAAGACCUCAGGGAUAAACACCCAGAGAAAAACCUAGACCAGCUUAUCGAAAUGGCCAACUACUCCACUUUGGUUCAUCGGAAGAAGAGUCGAGCGUUUUACCGUGUCCAGGCAACUCGCUUGUUGAUAGGUGCUGGAAACCUACUAAGGAAACAUGCUGCUGAAUACUCACGCCGCACAGGUGCGGCAGGUCAAGGGGAUGACAAACGUAUCUGCUCUCACAUUUGUUUUGAAAGUGCCCAGUAUCUGUGCACGGAGAACUGUGGUACUUUGAGCCUCUGGGUGAUCCUUGAUGGGGGCACAGCCCAGAACACCUUUUAUGUGGACUACCGUACGGAAAACGGUUCUGCCAACGCUGGGGCUGAUUAUGAAUUUAACGAAGGAACCCUGAUAUUUAAGCCAGGAGAAACACGGAAAGAGAUCAAGGUGAACAUUUUGGAUGAUGACAUCUUUGAAGAGGACGAACAUUUCUUUGUCCGUCUUCAAAAUCUGAGGUUAGAGGAGGGUGGUGGUGAAGGGACAGGAUGUUCACCAAAGGGCAGACUAGUGGAGCCGCUGGUUGCUACUGUCACUAUCUUGGAUGAUGACCAUGCUGGCAUCUUCACCUUUGGUCAGGGGGUUUUGCGGGUGAGUGAGAGCACAGGCACACUGACGGUGACAGUGGUGAGGAACUCAGGCUCCAGGGGUACCGUUUCUGUACCAUAUCAUACAGAGGACGGCAGUGCCAAAGCUGGAGUGGACUACGAGCAGGCCAUGGGUGAGCUGGAAUUUACCAAUGAACAGACCAGCCAAACCUUAAAAGUUCACAUUAUAAAUGUGGAGGAGUAUGAAAAACAGGAAAACUUCUUUAUUGUGCUCAAAGAGCCGAAAUGGCUAAAGCGAGGACACUCCGGUCACCCCACCCCUGAGGAGGAAGAGGCUCGGCGGAUCUCUGGGAUGGGCAAGCCCAUUCUAGGAGAGCAUAGCACGAUAGAGAUCAUCAUAGAAGAGUCCUGUCAGUUUAAGACUACUGUGGAUAAACUCCUGAAGGAUACAAACAUGGUGGCUGUGAUUGGCUCGCGUUCAUGGAAGGAGCAGUUCAUUGAAGCUGUCACAGUCAGUGCAGGUGAUAUUGAUGAUGAGAGCCAAGAUCAGCCAAUGCCGAACUGCUUUGACUAUUUCAUGCACAUUUUGUGCAUUUUUUGGAAGAUCCUUUUUGCAUGCAUCCCGCCAACUGAGUACUGGAAUGGGUGGGCCUGUUUUAUAGUGUCAAUAUCUGUCAUCGGUAUCUUAACAGCCAUUAUUGGAGACCUCGCGUCCCAUUUCGGCUGCACAGUUGGCCUGAGAGACACUGUCACUGCAGUGGUAUUUGUAGCCCUAGGGACUUCGCUUCCUGAUACAUUUGCCAGCAAGGUGGCUGCCACCCAGGACCAAUAUGCAGAUGCAUCAGUGGGAAAUGUAACCGGAAGCAAUGCGGUGAACGUGUUCUUAGGUAUCGGUGUAGCCUGGUCUGUGGCUGCUAUUUAUUGGGAAGUCAAAGGGAAAGUUUUUCGUGUCGACGUUGGCUCACUGGCCUUUUCGGUCACACUCUUUACCAUUUUUGCCUUCCUCACAAUGGGAGUGUUGAUGAUCCGCCGAAGGCCCUCAAUUGGUGGUGAACUGGGAGGCCCUCGGAUUCCCAAAAUCCUGACAUCACUGAUUCUCUUUGGACUUUGGUUCCUUUACAUUCUCUUCUCAAGUUUGGAGGCCUACUGCCAUAUAAAAGGCUUCUGAGAAGGCAUUGUUGGGAACACUAAUUGCACAAAGAUAUACAGUAUUCCUUUGGAAAGAACUCUUUACUAAUUAAUUUUGAGAAGACCCAUCAUCACUUCCGGCAUGGUAUAAAAA